AGAAUCCACGCUGCACACUCAACUGCGCCGCUGCUUUCGGCUGCUGCGUCGCUGGAUGGAUAUUAGCGCAAUGGCUCGUCCUCUGCGUUGUCGUUGAGAACAUUGAAGUCACUUUGUGCCGCCCCUGCCGAUCUUGUGAAGAAAUCGAAUUUUUUCUGUUGCGGCUGCUUACGAAGCGUAUUUAAACACGGGAGACGCAAAGCGUUUACCUCGAAGCACCUACGCUCUUUCUGAGCUGUUGCUGUUCCUGUUUGCGGAGACCAACCAGAAGCCUCCGCGUUCACUGCAAUGCCUGCUGUAGAGAGUCUCUUGCAGCUGUACAGCCUCGACGAGAAGGAUGGCACCAUUACAGCCUUCGACAGCUACGGGAGCGACGUGCAUCUCGGCACCAGCACCGGAAAGCUGAUUCGCCUGACCAUUUCAGAGACGUGCCAAGGCGGGGAGGCGACGUCGACGGAGUUCUUUAAACCUACCACACCUCCAUCACCGACGACUCCCGCUAUUUCUACUUUAGCGCCGCGCGAGCAACAACGCCGAAGUUCAGAGGCGUCGUUGCGCACGAUCGUGUCGCGGCGGUGCACGCUGUCGAAUUCAGGGGCAGCGGUGCAGCAGCUUCAGCACAGCCGCAGUCAGCGCGUUCUCUUUGCGCUCUGUGAGGGGCGCCUGCUGCUCCUACACGCAGAGACCUACGCCUUGCUGAGCAGCAUUGCCACGAACAUCGUGUCCUUCUCCGUUGCGCAGCCGGUGCGAGGCAGCAGCACCGGCGCGGCGCUGCACGAUGGAGGGUUUACGCCAUCGGUGCUGGCAUCGUACCCGUCUCACCCGUCCCGCCCACACCCUGGCUGGUCAACGGGUACCGGUGGAGACGACGAGGUGACCAGCCAGCAGGGCCGCACUGUCGCGCACACCCGCACCUCCAGCGAGGCGAGUCACGGCAGCUCGCUGCCGUGGACGCCGCGCAGCUCCGCUGCCAGCCCAGUCGGUGCCCCUUUCGCAGUAGCGCGACGCAAGCCCAGCAAAGCACACGUGGUAUGCGUGGCGGAGAAGAAUAACAAGGAGUUGGCGGUGUAUCUUGUGGAUCGUGUGUCCACCGCGGUGCGAGGAACGGCCACUGUUCUGCCUCUUCACGGGAGCACCUCUCCAUCGCUGUCUACAAUAGAUGUGGCAAGCGACGGUGGUGGAGGGGGGAGUAGCGACACACCGCGGCUAUCGACACGAUCUGCCGCGCAACCGCCGCGUGUGGUGCUGCGUCAGCGCUUCGUCCUCCCAGAGCCGGCGCAGCGGGUCGUCAUGUGCACACCGUCGCCGGUUGUCGCCCGGGUGCUCACUUCCGGCUCGAACGCCAACACGCCGCGUCCGGGCACAACCGCGGCAUCCGCAACCGUGGUGGAGGCGGGAUUGACAGUGUGUGUGGGCAUGCGCCGGGAGGUGAGUCUGCUCCCGCUGCUCGGCGGUGUGCCGCGCUGUGUGCUGCGUUUAGACGGCAGCCGACCGCCGCUGCUGUCCAUCGGCAGUGAUCCCAAUACCUACCUGGUGCGUACGCAGGCGCCGAACACGGUGAUGGAGGUUGGCGUGCCGCCGUCUGCCGCCGCUGCCGGGCUGCGAACUGGUGUGGCGGGCGACGUCCACGUGGAGGCGGCGGCGAACCCCAUCCUACUGCGCAUGGACUACCACCGGAUGGCCGCGGGGGGCAAGGACGUGAAGGGCCCGCUAGCGGCUUCGUCGAAGGUGCAGCCCGGCAAAGAGGACGAGCUCAUCGUCGGCGACGUGUUCCAGUCUGACGGCGUCGUCGAGCUCGUGCUGGGGCGAUUCCCCUUCAUAUUUCUCUUCACGGCGGAGCACUGCGAUGCGGUAUCGUUGCUGAGUGCGGGCAGCAGCAACAGCGGCGAUAGCACUUACAGUAACACCGGCUCCUCCUCAUCGUCGUCGUCGUCGGCCCAGCGCAUCCCCCUCCCCGGCAUCCGCCACGGCGCCCUUUAUGGCCACGGCAGUUCGCUGUUCGUGGCGAGUGAUCGCACCGUGUGGUCCCUGCAGCUCUACCCGUUGCGUGCGCAGCUGGCGGAGAUGGUCCAAGCAGGGCGCAGCAACGAGGCUUUCCAACUCCUGGCUUUCCACCAGCAACGUGCGUUGUCUCUUUUACCCAGCGGCACUGGACUUGGCGAUGGGGAACAGCUUCACCUGCCACGGCAUCCUCAUCCGCUUGCCCUGUUGGAAGGCGACCUACACCGCAUGGCCGGUUUUGUGAGUCUGUACAAAGGAGACGUGGCGGCUGCCAUCGACUCUUUCCGUGGCCACCUCGACCCUCGCGAACUCCUCCUCUCCGUGCCCGACUGCAUUCCACCUCACGCGCUAGCAUUCAAGCCGUCACGAUCGAUUUCCUCCGCUACUGCUGCCUCUCCGGAUGUGGAAGAACUACCUGAACCACUACCACUGACCUCUGCCGUUUCCCUUUCAAAAACUGUCGGUGGUGGGCAUGUGCUGCACCACGUAGAGGCGCCUCUCUCCGCCGCAGACGUCCGCAGCUUUCUGUUCUCAGACAGCGCAACAACUCUAGCGGAGCAGCGAGACAUCACUGCAGAAGGGGCGGUGACGAAUACCGGUGAGCCUUCGGUGCAUGUGUCGUACUGGGAUCAAUGGAAUGGGCCGUGCGUGUACAACAGCGGGACGGGCGACGUGUCCCGGGCGUGGCGGGCCGCGUUCGACUCGCACAGCCUCACCUCCACGCCGGACGCCUUCGCCGCACGCUGCUACGAGGAGCUGAAGGACGAGCUGCGCCGGUGGUUCGCCGCGGCGCUGCUGUCUCCCGAGGCUGAGGCGCUUUCCGCCAGAGCCGGAAAAGAGGCGGCGGAGGAGAGCUGUGGCGGGCCGACGGCGACGCCGCGGAGAGAUGCAGACGACGACGGUCCUCUCUCCCUUCCCACCUCUGUGCCCGCGCAUGCCGACCCACCCACUCAUCGACGGGCGAUGGCACACGCGUCGUUGGUGUUGGCCUGGCAGGCGCGGGACUUCCACACCGCAUACACAAUUGUGGCACGUGCGACCACGACCGGGUUGUGCGUGGAGGACUGCGACGAUGUGCUGCGCUACCUGCGCGAGUUUCGGCUGUUGGCGCUGCUGCACUUCCAGGUAGGCGACGGAGCGGCAUGUGAGUGUCUCUUGAGGAACUCGGUGUGCUUGUCGACGACGCUGCCGCUCCCACCACCUGCUGCUGCGCCAUCCGCUUCGUUGCAGCGGCCCGACGACGUGCAGUUUCAGCUGUCGCAGUUGCGUCGUUGUCUGGGUCGGAAGUUCGAGCAAGGAGAGGCGGGAGGGAGCAGCAAUCUUCGCAGCGGCUGGGUGGACGGUGCGCGACCUCAGUCAUCGUCGCCGUUUUCUGACGAGGUCGCCGAGGCACUGAUCUGUGGUCGAGGAUUACUGAUGCAACCGUCGGUGGCGCACGUGGCGCGUGUCGCGCAUCUUCUGCUCGGCGCUCCCUUGGGUGGCGCGAUGAACUCUACCUUAGCGCCGCGACAAGCUUGGGAGCAGCUUUUGGACAGUAUCGUCGCCUGCUACGCUUCUCAAGUGUGCCCGCCUUCCCUUACGACGGGCGACGCUGCAAGCUUUGUACAGCUUCAUUUCACUUCGUCAACCAACACCCGCAGCGGCACCAUCGCACUACCGCACGCCGGGCCUGUUCUCACCACUUUCGUAUCUCCUUCUUUCUCCGUUGUCCCAGCAGUGCAGCGGGGCAGCAGAAAGGCGACCCCGCCCUUGCAGGACAGCAGCCACGGUGUUGUCCUUCACGUGCUGCCCUCCCCUCUUUCCGAGUACUUCUAUGCAAUCGAGAAACUGGACGUGUGCGUGGUGCGACAUCUGCUCACACAGCAGCCACGACUGGCGCAGGCGAGAGAUGUGGACGGCUGCACCGGGCUGCACCUUGCCCUGGCGCAGGUGCGUGUGGUGACCUUUGCGGAGGAACGCACACCAUCAGGCCUGCAAAUGCACGAGCGGGCGCGCAAGGCAGAAGGGCAGUCGGCCACGCUAAAAGUGCUCUGUGCUUUGGUGGGAUUGCUGGUGGGCUUUGACUGUCCAGCGUCUGUUCUCAGUUGCAAUGGGUGGAGCUGCUUGGAUGUGGCGGCUGUCGCGUGUGGAGGAGACGAGACGGUGUUUGACAUCGUCUCGGCUGCACUUCUCGCGUCUUUGGAGAUGCGCAGAUCGGAGCGGGAAAACGCGUGA